AUGGCCUCCUCAAAUCUAUUCAAGCCUCUGUCCAUAGGAAACAUCACGCUCAAGCACCGUCUCGCACUGGCGCCCCUAACCCGCUUCCGCGCCUCGGACGAACACGUCCCGCUGCCCAUCGUGACGGACUACUACAAGCAGCGCGGCUCCGUCCCGGGAACUCUGCUCGUCACCGAAGGCACAUUCAUCUCCGCCCAAGACGGCGGCUACAGCAACGUCCCCGGCAUCUGGAACCAGGACCAGAUCGACGCCUGGCGCAAAGUCACCGACGCCGUCCACAAAAACGGGAGCCACAUCUUCGUCCAGCUCUGGUCCCUCGGCCGCGUCGCCGCGCCCGACGUCGCCGCCAAAGAGGGCAUCUCCAUCCUCGGACCCGACACCAUCCCCGCGACCGCCGACUCCCCCCAGCCGCAGAAGCUGAGCACCGCGCAGAUCCAGCAAAGGAAGGAGGCCUACGUCGCGGCCGCCAAGAACGCCAUCGCCGCCGGCUUCGACGGCGUCGAGCUCCACGGCGCAAACGGCUACCUCAUCGACCAGUUCCUGCAGGACGUCUCCAACCAGCGCGACGACGAGUACGGCGGCAGCGUCGAGAACCGGUCCCGCUUCGCCGUCGAGGUCGCCGCCGCCGUGGCCCAGGCCAUCGGCCCCGAGAGGACGGGCAUCCGCCUCAGCCCCUGGAACACGUUCAACAGCAUGAGGAUGGCGGACCCGGUCGCCCAGUUCUCCGACGUCAUUGCCCGGCUGGACCGCCUCGACCUCGCCUACCUGCACCUGGUGGAGCCGCGAAUCUCGGGCAACAUCGACGUCGAGACCGAGGACACGGAGAGCCUGGAGUUUGCGUACAGGCUGUGGAGGGGCCCGCUCCUCGUCGCCGGCGGCUUCACGCCCGAGACUGCGAGGCGCCUGGUCGACGAGCAGCACCCCGAUCGCAAGAUUGUCGUCGUGUUUGGCAGGCGCUUCAUCUCGACGCCCGAUCUGCCGUACAGGGUGCAGAACGGGCUCCAGCUGGCCGAGUAUAACAGGGACACGUUCUACAAUGCAAAGGAUCCCGUGGGCUACACCGACUAUCCCUUUAGCCAGGAGUUUAUCAAUAGCAAGGAGGGGCAGGCUAUAAAGGUUGCAUCUGGUUAA